CGAGCUGGCGACGGCGCGUUCCCACGGUCAGCGCCAUUCAUGUUGAUGCUUGCAGCGUGCGCGCGGUAACAGAUGCGCGCGCGGACGAUGACGAUCUCGGUAUCGUCGGUAUCUCGCCGGUCAGUCUUCGAUCGUCGGCGCUUGGUCGGCGCAGUUGGCCGCAGGCGGGUUGGUGCGGGUUGUCGGGAGAGGCAAUGGAAAGGUGCGGUGUGCGACUCAUUGACCUGUGGCGAAUCUGAAUCAGUGCAGUGUGACUGUGGUUGGUGAUAGCGAAGCGAGACUCGAUUUUUAAGGAUACUACGCAGCUGGGAAUCAACGCUGGUGGCCAGGUGGCGCGUCCGGCGCAGGGGGCGGAGCCAGCCGGAGCGGCAGCGACGGGCCGCCGCCAGCCGCCAGUCUGGUCUGUGGCGGCAGCGGCGUGAGUGCGAGUCGAGGGCGCUGCGGUGUGAGUGGCCGAGAGAGCGAGAGAGAGAGAGGGAGGGAUAGUCGGUGAUCGGAGAUCCGGAGGUCCAUGUGCCCGUCUGUCGGCUUGUGAGUGCGAGCAUCAUGGCGUGCCGUCGGGCCGCCCCGGCGCACCCGCUUCUGGCACUGCUGGUGGCAACCGUCUUCGUCGCAUCGGCGAGCGCAGGCGGCGUAUUCGAGCUGAAGCUGCGCAGCUUCGAGAACAAGUUUGGACUGGAUGCCAUGGACGGCUGUUGCAGCGGCGGCAAAACGUCGCGAGGGAUUUGUGUAAAUCAGUGUGCCACCAAGUUCCGCGUGUGCCUGAUGCACUAUCAGCGAGUGAUCGACGAGCACCCUUCGUGCACGUUCGGAGAGUUCACCACGCCUGUGCUCGGCGGCAACACCUUCAAGGUGCAGGCCGGCGGCAACGGCUCGUUCGUCAACCCCAUCGCCUUCCCGUUCAGCUUCUCGUGGCCGGGAACGUUCUCGCUCGUCAUUGAAGCCUGGCACGAGAAGGCCGACAGCGACGAAGCAGCGUCGUUCGAAGCUCGCCACACGCUCGUACACCGGGUAACCAAGCAGGGCUGGCUGAACGCUGGCUCGGCGUGGACCCGUGGCGAGGGGCACACGGCGCGACACUCGGUCGAGUUCGAGUUCCGCGUCCAGUGCGACCCAUUCUACUACGGCGACUCGUGCAACAUCAUGUGCAAGGGCUCUCAGAGCAGCGUGUUCGGCCACUACGAGUGCCUGGAAAACGGCACCCGGAAGUGCCUGCCGGGCUGGACCGGCGACUACUGCACUAACGCCAACUGCAUGCCGGGAUGUCACUCCGAGCACGGCUUCUGCGACCAGCCCAACCAGUGCCAGUGCCGGUCUGGAUGGAAGGGCAAGUUCUGCGACGUGUGUGAGCGGUACCCAGGCUGCCGCAACGGUACCUGCUCCACUGCCUGGGGCUGCGACUGUCUGGAGGGCUGGGGAGGCCUGUUCUGCGAGCAGGACCUAAACUACUGCACCAACCACCGGCCCUGCAAGAACGGCGGCACCUGCUACAACACCGGCCAGGGCAGCUACACGUGCGAGUGUGCGGCCGGCUUCAACGGCACAGACUGCGAGAUCGAGGAGGGCGGCUGCGCGCGGCACCCGUGCCUGAACGGCGGCACGUGCGGCGACACGGGCGACAACUACACGUGCAACUGUCCGCGCGGCUGGACGGGCCACCGCUGUGAGACGGCCGCCGAGACGUGCUCGGAUCGGCCGUGUCAGAACGGCGGCACGUGUCAGAUGGAGCUGGACCGCUACCAGUGCCGCUGCCCGCGCGGCUUCAAAGGCACCAACUGCGAGCAGCGCGACACGUUCUGUACGCCCGACACGUGCCAGAACGGCGGCAACUGCGUCAACGAGCCCGACGGCUACCGCUGCGUCUGUCCGGUCGGUUUCUCCGGCACCAACUGUGAAGACAACGUGGACGACUGCGCCGUCAACCCGUGUCGCAACGGCGGCACGUGCUACGACGAGGUGAACGCGUUCCGCUGCAUCUGCAUCCCUGGCUUCAUGGGCUCGGUAUGUCAGAUCAACAUCGACGACUGCCUGACGAACCCGUGCGCCAAUGGAGGCACGUGCCAUGACCACGUCAACUCGUUCAUGUGCACGUGCCGGCCGGGUUUCACCGGUCCCGAUUGCAGCGUGAACGUGGACGAAUGCGCCGGACAGAUGUGCCAGAAUGGAGGCACGUGCGUGGAUCGGGUGGGCGACUUCGAGUGCCGCUGUCGCGAGGGCUACGUCGGCGAGCUGUGCCAGUUCGAGGGGGUCGUCCCCGAGUGGGCGCAGCGCCGACUCGGCCUCGAGGGCUCGCUCGGACAGGCGCCCGUCGAGGCCGACAUGCCCGACGAGCACGUGGUACUCAUCUCGACAUUGUCCGUGUCGGUGCCGGCGCUCGUGCUGGUCUCGAUCGCCGCCAUCCUGUGCAUGAAAUACCGGCGGCGACGGGCCGCCGAGAAAGCGGACGACGAGGCACGCCGACAGAACGCCGAGAACGCCUCGGCAGGCAAGCGCCAGUUCGAGGAGAACAUGAUCGUGAACGCGCUCGACUAUCCCUCGUCCAAAGUGAAAAACAUUGAGGACCCGCCGUACUCUCUUGAGCCGGCCAAGUCCCAGAAGCAGCUGAACAUUGACCCGGCGCGUCGGGCGCCUGCAGUGAACAGUGCUUCAGCGAGCUCCGCCUACGAUAAGGUCGACUUUGAGACGGCGUGCAGGACGUCACCCGCUCUCAAAGUGUGCGUCGACGGCGGCGGACCGUCGACGUUUUCCGACGCGUCGUGCGCGCGCGCCGCGCCCAACCGGACUGGGGUGUAUGUUAUCGACGAGCACGGUGCCGACUCGUCGUUGGCGGAGGGCAUGUACGCGACGGAGGUAUAGCCCGGGCGCGCCAGCGCUACCCGGGCGCCGCCGCCAACAGUGUACCUGCCAGCCCUGCAGUCCGUACCAAAGGUUAGAUGUGCUAAUUUAUUCCGGAGUUUUUAUAUUGUGAUGGCCGGCCGGCGGCCGGCGGGGCGGGGGAGGGUUGUGUCCGGGACGAGGACCUGGACUGAUCUCGGGUGCUGCAGUUCGCUGGGACUGCCGGUGCGGGCGGCGCCCCUCUGAGGAGGCGGGACCGCCGCCGCGCCCGGCAGGACCCAGCGGGCGUCUGAACUAAGUCACCGUGAAAGCAGGAUAGACACAUUCUCUGAUGUAGACACCCGGACAUUCUCUGGUUUUGGCAUUUUCUGUCGUAUUGACUGCGGUGUUGAUUGUGCCGGACCGCCGCGCACAGAGCUUUUCCCAGUGACACAAGUAUUGUUACAUGCCACCCAUGUAUCGCCGUGUGUUCAUCUGCGAUCUUUCAAACUGAGGCUUGUUUCUUGUUAAGCUUUUUACCACGAUCGCGGUUUGGUGGUAUGUAUGUCGUGUAUCAAUGAGUAUUUAUGUGUACAGAUAUGUGUAUUGUGUAGUUAUCGAUUCUGAUAUGAUAAUAAAUGCAAUUUGUACCAUUAA